AUGUGUAAGGAUUUGAUGAACCAAUGGAAGCAUUUACAAAGGGUAGUUGAUCAUUUCACUACUGAACAAAUUGCAAAUAGCCGGUUGCAACUGAAGGUCACAAUUUUUAUUGUCCGAUAUCUUGCCUUUCAAGCUAUAGCUUUUAGAGGUAGUGAUGAAAGUUUUAGUUCAUUAAAUCGUGGGAACUUUUUUGAAUCAUUGGGUAUUGUGACUUUUUGGAAUGAGAAGGUUGCUGAAAUAAUAGAAAAAGCUCCCAAAAAUGCAACCUACACAUCACCUAGGAUUCAAAAGGAAAUUCUACAUGUUUUCUCAGCCAAAGUGAAGAAGGCCAUUCGGGAAGAAAUUGGUGAUGCAAAGUUUUGCAUAAUGGUUGAUGAAGCUCAUGAUGAGUCCAUGAAAGAGCAAAUGGCUGUGGUUUUUAGAUAUGUCGAUGCAGAAGGCUUUUUGAAAGAAUGUUUUUUUGGGCUUAUUCAUGUUGUUGACAUUGCGGCUUUGACUCUAAAGAAUGGGAUAUAUUCUUUGUUAUCUCAACAUUGUUUAGAUAUACAAAAUAUUCGAGGGCAAGGAUAUGAUAGAGCAAGCAACAUGCGAGUUUUGCAAAAUAUAAUUGAUGAUCCAAUUGAUGGAGAACAUCAGGUAGAAGCAGAGUCAGCUUAUGAUGGUUUAACUUCAUUUGAAUUUGUCUUCAUCUUGCAUCUUGAGAAGGAAACUAUGGAGAUCACUGAUAAACUUUGUCAAGAACUAAAUUAUUGGUUUAAUGAAGAUGCAAUGGAGUUACUUAGGCUUAGCUCAACUUUAGAACCUCGAGAGGCAUUAAAAUCUUUCAGAAGUAGUGAUCUUUGUUUGUUGGUAAAGAAUUUAUAUCCACAAGAUUUCACUGAUUAUGACAAACAAGUGUUGGAGAAGGAGCUUUAUCAUUUUAAGCAUAAUGUAGUCCAGGAUCCAGAGUUCAAAAAAUUGAAAAGUUUAUCUGAGUUGUCUCAAUGGUUAGUGAGAACUGGAAAUUCAGAACACUACAAACUUGUUUAUAAAAUGGUGAGACUUGUGCUUACUCUUCCAGUUUCUACUGCUAUUACAGAGCGAGCAUUUUCAGCUAUGAAAGUUGUCAAAACUAACCUUCGAAACAAAAUGGAAAAUGAUUUUUUUACGGAAUCUUUGAUGUUAUACAUUGAAAAGGAUAUAGUUUCGACAUUUAGUUUGGAUUCAAUCAUAGAUGAUUUUGAAGAUUUGAAAGAGCGUCGAGUUCCCUUUCAUAGAUGA